AUGCGUGGCAAGGGCUGCCAGAUCACCUCCUUAACUUCCAACCUGGCAGUCUCGAACUAUCCGGAGCGGACAGUCAGCGAGGAAGAGAGCACCGUGACCCGGAAGCUCCGGAUGCUGCGGCGGAGUGAGCAGCUGGAGCUGCAAAUGCUGCGCAGCAAUUGCCCACCUGAACUCAAGAACGAUCUGGUGCUGGAUGAGGACCACUUCACAACAGGCCGAGAGCAGUACAUAGUGAACUGGUGGCCCGCAGCAAACACCAAGGCCGCAGAUGCACGAGCGAAGCAGCUCGCGGAGAUCGAGGAACACGCAAAGCAAGCAGCGGCGGAGAGAAAAGCUGCGGCAGAAAAAGAAGCAGAGAAGCAAAAGGAGAAAGAUGCCAAAGCAGCCAAGGAAGGUAGAGAGAAGCCAGACGAUUCAGGAGGUGUCAAAGCUACGGAUGACACGGGAGGGGGAACAAGUGCAGAUUCCAUUGUGGCCGAAGAGCAAAAGUACUUGUACGAGCCGUUCGAGCUUGUUACAAACAGCCGCCGCCGGCUGCAGAUCCACCUGCUGCAAUCGCUGUCAGCGGACUACCGCUUGCACUUCAACGAACUCUUCAAGGCUUGUCAGGGUGACAAGAAGAACAUCAUCGAUGGUAUCAAGGAGAAGUGCAGCCGCAUCCGGCAAAUUCUUGGCGAGCUGCAGAUUGAGGAGGAGGUUCCAGAGCCGACUCUGCAAGAGGUCGAGGAUUCGGAUUCCGUCCUCAAGGUCCAGGAUCGCGAGAUCACAGUUGAAAAGUGGAUCUCGCCGGAAGAGAAAAAAGCAAUGGAAGAAGCAGCGGCCAAAGAGGAGGAGCGCUUGCGACAGCUCCGAGAGAACGACGCUGGCCAGCGUGCAUUGGUGCAGAUGAUGGGUGGGACGCUCAAGACAAAGAAGGACCUCACCCCGUUGGAAAUCGUCCUGGACAAGGAACCAUGGAUGGAUGAAAUCCCGGAAGAAGAUAUGUUCUUGUCUCAGCUGCAUCUUUUUCAGAUUGUUUCUCAUUGGUGCCUGUUGGAUGUAAGGUCGGAAGCCCAGAAGCUAGCUUUUGCUGAGUACCAGGCAAAAGAGAAGGCCUUCCUUUCCGCACACUACACCUGUUUAUCUGUCUGUCUGCCUGCUUGCCUUUGCGGAUGUCUGUGUUGUGUGUGUGUGUAUGUAAGUGGAUAUUACAUCCCAGAGACCAUAGAUUAG